AAUCCUUUUGGCAGAAGACGACUGUUUAACUAAUUACUUUACCUUUUAAUAAUGUCAUAUAGAUAGAUAGAUAGAUAGAUAGAUAGAUAGAUAAACCUACUGGUGGAUAGAAAAGAGUGAAUAGAAAGUGAAAUGGAGCCAGGACAAUGGCGAGAGCAGGAUGCUUUGCUACGGCUGGCGGCGGUUGUUGACGCGCGCUCGCUCCGAGUGGCCCUUCGAGAGAGCAUACAGGAGCUGCUACCCAGCACGGAGUGUGUGUGUGUCUACAUGCUGGAGGGAUACUCAAGGCUGUUGUCUGACGACCCACCACACGAACUGCCACAGGAGGGAAAGAUCAGGAGUGUCGUGGACCAGCUGAAGCGAUGUCAGUGCGCCGGCCUCCCUCCGUCCGAACUGCCAGAGAAAUACAGAAUCUGCCUCGCAGCGCCGUUACCAGCACACAGAAGAGCUGUUGUUAUUCCUCUCUUGAACCAGGAGCGGGACAAGGCCAUCGCUGUCUUAUUGGUGGGCUGUAAUCCACUAUCUGAUCAGGAUGAACUGCAUCUUAACAUGCUGGAGAAACAUGCAUCGGUGGCGUGUGUGCGAGUCCAGGCUAUUCAGACGUCCCACCAGAGGCCUCCUCUCAGCCCCUCUCCCAUACAGUCCCACAAUGCACUGCUGCACCUCAACGUCUCGGAGCAGGACUACUGCGAACUGGACCGCAACAUCCUUCAACUCUGUGGUGAGCUCUUUGACCUUGAUGCAGCCUCUCUUCAGCUCAAAGUCAUCAAUUAUCUGCAGCAGCAGACUCGGUCGCAGUGCUGCUGUUUGCUUCUGGUGUCCGAGGACAACCACCAGCUUUUCUGCCAGGUAGUUGGAGAAAAAGUCCUGGAGGAGGAGAUCAGCUUCCCGCUGAUGUUUGGACGCUUUGGUCAGGUUGUCGAGAAGAAGAAGUCAAUUAGCCUUCAGGACAUCAGUGCUGAGGAACAUCGGCAGCUGUCCAGCAUGUUGGGCUGUGAGAUCACCUCCAUGCUUUGUGUUCCAGUGGCCAGCAGGGCCACCGGUCAGGUGGUGGCGCUAGCGUGCGCCUUCAACAAGCAGGGCGGGCAGAGACACACAGAGGAAGAUGAACAUACGAUCCAGCACUGUUUCUGCUACACUUCAACGGUCCUCACUUCAACUUUGGCCUUCCAGAAAGAACAGAAACUCAAAGUGGAGUGCCAGGCGCUGUUACAAGUGGCCAAGAAUCUCUUCACACACUUGGAUGAUGUGUCAGUGCUGUUACAGGAAAUUAUAGUGGAGGCCAGGAACCUCAGUGAUGCAGAGAUCUGUUCAGUGUUCCUGCUGGAUCGCGUCAGUCAUGAGUUGGUGGCGAAGGUGUUUGACGGAGGCGUGGUUAGUGACGAGGAGAAGGAGUUUCGUAUUCCAGCAGAUCAGGGUAUUGCAGGUCACGUGGCGACCACCGGGCAGAUCUUGAACAUUAAGGACGCCUACUCCCAUCCUCUGUUCUACCGCGGUGUGGACGACAGCACCGGCUUCAAGACACGCAACAUCCUCUGCUUCCCCAUCAAAGAUGAGAACAACGAGGUGAUUGGAGUGGCUGAGUUGGUGAAUAAAAUGAACGGGCCGUGGUUCAACCGCUUUGACGAGGACCUGGCCACGGCGUUCUCCAUCUACUGUGGUAUCAGCAUCGCCCAUUCUUUGCUCUACAAGAGAGUCCAUGAAGCUCAGUUCAGGUCCCACCUGGCCAACGAGAUGAUGAUGUACCACAUGAAGGUGUCAGAGGAAGAGGUAUGUAAGGCGCUGGUGGUGGGUAUCGAACCCGUGAUGGAGAUCCACCCCUGCUUCGCCGAGUUCACGUACACGCCUCGCUCCCUACCUGACGACGACACGCCGUUGUGCAUCCUCAGCAUGUUUGAAGACAUGGGUUUCAUCAACACAUACAAGAUUGACCUGCACACUCUCGCCAGGUUCUGUCUGAUGGUGAAGAAAGGCUACAGGGACCCUCCCUACCACAACUGGAUGCACGCCUUCUCUGUCUCACACUUCUGCUACCUGCUCUACAAAAACCUAGGGCUCUCCAACUACCUCGAGGAAAUAGAGAUUCUAGCUCUCUUUGUCUCCUGUAUGUGCCAUGACCUGGACCACCGUGGCACCAACAACUCUUUCCAAGUCGACUCACAAUCUGUGCUGGCUGCUCUCUACAGCUCAGAGGGAUCUGUGAUGGAGAGACAUCACUUUGCCCAGGCCAUCGCCAUUCUGAACACUCACGGCUGCAACAUCUUUGAGAAGUUCAACAGGAAGGACUAUACGCGCAUGCUGGAUUUGAUCAGAGACGUCAUUCUGGCUACAGACCUCGCUCACCACCUUCGCAUUUUCAAGGACUUGCAGAAGAUGGCUGAUGAUGGAUACAACCCAAAAAGCCGAACCCACCGCUCCAUGCUGCUGUGCCUCUUGAUGACGUCAUGUGACCUGUCGGACCAAACCAAGGGCUGGAAAACCACACGCAAGAUUGCUGAGCUGAUUUAUAAAGAGUUCUUCUCUCAAGGAGAUCUGGAAAAAGCCAUGGGGAACCGGCCCAGUGAGAUGAUGGACAGAGAGAAAGCGUACAUCCCAGAACUACAGAUAAGCUUCAUGGAACAUAUCGCCAUGCCCAUUUACAAGCUCUUAUCUGAACUGUUUCCUGGGGCCACUGAGCUGUACGAGAGAGUGGCGGCAAACCGGGAGCAGUGGACCAAAGUGUCCCACAAGUUCACCAUCCGUGGGUUGCCUAGCAACAACAGCCUAGACUUCCUGGAUCAGGAGUACGAGCUGCUGCAGUCCCAGGGUGCUUUCGGGAGCGACGACCACUGCCUCAACGGUUGCCUUGACGAUGCAGAAGGAGGUAGUGGUCAGUGACAACAGCGGGGCUGCUGACGGGUUCUUGAAGUUUUCUGUGGUCCAAUAAGAGGCUGAGGACGCCUUUUUUAAGCGACCGAAGAGUGGAGCGAUCUCUCUGCUGUCAAUCACGUCUUAGAUGCUUAGGAGGCCAUGCAGAAUGGACAAAGUUUCAAACUAAUUGAAUCAGACAAGUGAUUUGAAACGAGCGGAGCCGGUUCAGCGAUUCAUGUUGCUUGUGUCUCCAGUUCAGGAAAGCAGAAGGUGGUGACUUUUAUCUUUUUCAGCAGCUACACUGGAAAAAUAAGUUUUUAACCACACGUUCAUUCAUACAGUACUGAUCCUGAUGAUUAAGAUUGUAAAAACACACACACACACACACACGCACUGACGACACACAUGUACAUGCGCAUACUGUUUAGACACACAACAGAGAAAAAACGUAUGGAAAAAGACUACUUCAUGUAACAGUGAGAUAAAGUGCUAUACUUUCUGUAAAAUGUUUCAUAAUAGCUUAUAUUGAUUUCAAUGGCUCAGCUGCCAUAUUCCCUCACCUGAUGCUUAUGAAUGCAUGCUGUAUGGACACCUCACGUAUUAUUCCUUUUAUCUUCGUCAGUGCUGAUUUCUCCAUGGCUAAGAAAUUAAUGCAGUCCAUUUUUAAACCAUCACAACAGAUUUUUGUAUUCAGCUCUCCAAAAUACCAUAAAGUUGUACAAGGGAGAAUUUACUUACACAGCGUUAUAACCCUCAUGAUUCACUUUUUCCUCAUUUUUGGGGAAGUUUUAAGGGACAAAUUGACAAUCACUGAUCAAUGAGUCACAUAUCCCUGACCAUAACACCCCACACCAUGCAUAAAACAUUAAAACACAUGCAUCAAGUGUGCACCUCAAACAAAGGUCACUCAUGACCUAACACACACCCUCAGUUUAUUUUACUCCCUUGCACCGUUCUCUCUUCCUUUUACUUUUUAGUUUACUACUACAUAAACCACUUUAGAUAGAGUGAGCAAACCGAAGCCCUUUAAAAGAUCCAUCUCAUCUGUCAGUGUAAAUGUGCCAGAGUAGAGCGUGUUAUAUGGAGUGUGUCAUCGAGUGUGUCAUAUGGAUCUGCCUUAUUGCGCAUCUUUGCUGCCUUUCUUAGAGCUUUUAAUAUAUGAAAAUUGAAAUAAAGAGUCUGUUUUAGUAUGUAUGUUGUAUAUUUGUUAUAGACAUAGUUUGAGUAUCAAUGUGCUGAAUGAAUGAUGCUCAAAAGAUGUAUAUGUGAAAUACCUGUGCGAAGACCUCAGAUGUCAUGUUCACUUCUUUAGGUUUUAUAUAUAUAUAUAUAUAUAUAUAUAUAUAUAUAUAACCACCAGGGGAUAUUAGGCAGACACAACAGCAUUUUUUCCCAAAAUAGAUUUAAAGAAGGAACUAGAGAUGUAGCCAUCGUAUAAAUGUCCUGAAAGCAUCAACAGUUCAAUAUUGCUGCAUCCCAAAGGAAAUGAAAAUUAGAGUUCUCAGAUUGUGCCUCAUGUAAAAAAUAAAUUGGGGUUUUUUGUUACAAUAUGCCAUAUUCUGUUUUACCUUACGGUGUUUAAAAUAGGAAAUGCUGCAGAGUUAGUUAGGGUAAGGUAACCACAGAAUAGUUACACGAAGAGAAACUUCUGUAAUGGACACGACUACUGUAUGUAGGCUGUGUGUGGAGGGGUGAGAGUGAGCAAAUGAGUGGAUGGACGAGUAGGUGUGCAGAUAAGAGAGAAAGAGAGAGAAAGGACUGUUGAGAUCAAGAGGGGGAUGUUUAGUAUAACCAGUCUUUGUUGAUAAAUGAUGCAGACUCAAACCUCAAGUGAUCUUGCUAGAGCUUCUUCAGUCGAUAAUGAAGGUAGAUGAAAGCAAAAAUAUUGCAAUCACAUGAUUUAAAUAUACAUUUUUUCUUGAAAGGGGAGGGAGAAAGAUUAAUUGGUUAACAAAGUGGUUUGAUGUAUGUGUUAUACCUACAUUGGGAUAUGCAUCAGCCAGCGCGAUUGGAUGGACUCGUUUGAUCUGCCUCUUGGACUGAAUAUUUUUUACGAUACAUUUCUUAAAGGGCACACAGACGUAUUUGUAGACUCUCUCUCUCUCUUUCUCAAGCUCUUUCUCUCACCCACUUCUAUUAUUUUUAAACCACUGUUUCAUACCUGCCUUUUUCAUGUGCAAUAUGAAGUGUCUGCCUCUGUGACGUUGCAUAGAUUCCUAUGUAAAUACCUAUGCCUCUUGUUAAAUUAUUAUUAGGUCUGCGUUUCCAAAUGCGUUUGAGUGUUUGGUCACGAUGUUUCCAUUGAAAAAAAAAUUCAAAUUUUAAACCUGAAAUGCUUUUGAGAGUCCAGACCGUGGUCGGACAGUUUUCUAUACCGAGUGUGUCCCUUUAUGUGAUGUUUUAGAGAGCUAAAUGUGCCAAGCCAACAUUGUCUACUUCCUGGCCAAGCUGCAAAGUGAAAAUACCUUCAAUUAUUUUUGUUCUUUAAUGUUGGAGGGAAGUCCGAGGGCUGUGUUCAUAUAAAACUUUUCUGAUAAAUCAUGACCAGGUCUGAAAUUGUGGCUCAUCCAGGAACCCAGUGUAUUUCCCAUCAUCAUCACAGAACAGUGGGACUCUCACCUGUGAUGUAAUGAUCACCUGUGACAUAAUCAUCAAAAGUGGCAAAAACAUAAUUGCUGUAAAUAUCAAAGUUUUAAAAGAAAAUGUUACUUGAUUGUCUGUCAUUAUUACAAUGGGAAGUUUUUCAAUUCUGUAAUGUAUUUAAAGUGGUUGCAUCCUGUUCUCUUUUUUUUUCAUGCCAUUUUUGAACAACCCCAAGCUUAUUAGACAGAGGAGAUGAAAGAAAACCAUGAUACAUAUGAUAUUCUACCACAAAUAAGAGCCCAAAUUAAUCUGAAAUGUAGACAUGCUUAUACUGAGGACUAAAUCCAGACAUCUGUUAAUUAUUUGUUUUGUUGAGUUCUGAGUGCUGGUGGUCUUGUUCUUCUUCAGAUGUAAUGAACAAGGACAUUAUGGAUGACAUUUUGAGAUUUUUUUUUCUUUCUUGGAAUAAAUCUGGUGAAAGGCU